UUUUAAAGUAUAAAAAACACCGUCCUAACCCGGAAGUGCUAUUUACAGGAGUGACACCAUAUCUGAUGGCUUCCGGUGGUGUUGAGAGAAUGGAUGAUAUUAUUCGAGAAUAUUUACUAUUUAGAGGAUUGGGAGGCACACUAAAAACAUAUGAAUAUGAGCUUAAAGUAGAUAAAGACAAGGGAUUUCGAGUGGAUAAAAUUACAGACCUUUUGAACUCAUACAUAAACAAUUAUGACUUGUCAAACUUACGUGAAUACUGGAGUCAUUUGGACCAAAGAGUGUUUUCCCUAUUGGAAUAUCAGACUUAUUCAGGAACUAUUCGCAAGUUAGAAGUGAGCCUGCUGAAGUAUUACCUCAUAAAUGCACUACAGAAUAACCGAGCAGAUAGAGUUCAUGACUUCUUUGACAAAAUGACAACAGAGUUACAGUCCCAGGCUGAAUGGAAAGAUUGGUUUGCCCUGCCAUUUCUACGGAAUGCAGAAGAGAACGUAGUGUUUGCUAAGUAUUUCACAAAACAAUGGCAAGACACACUCAUGGUCUCCCUACACAACUUCCUCGGUGUUGUAUUCCAAAAUAUAACCCAACCAGCAUUAUUACAAUAUGAUCAGGACCAGAUAACAAUCAAGAAACUGCAAGAUGAAAAUGAGCUUUACAGACAACAGGUCACAGCCUUAUUAGAGAAGCAACAACUUGAAGCUGCUCUAGAUUGUGCACCUUCCAGAGGCUCUCUAGGCCCCGUUAUUGGCACCCAAGCCCCUAGUACUACUAAUACAAGCCCCGUUUUUAACCAGUCCAGUUUAGGUUCCGGCCAAAGCUUCUCUACAAGACUGCCCAGUAACAUGGAUGUCAUGGAUGAUUUCUACAAUCUUAUAAAUGAGGACCAAGAGGCAGGUGCUCCGCCAAAAGGAAAAGGAUUAAAGUCAGUGAUAAAAAACAUUGCCAAACCAGGGUCACCCUUAGCAACCAAAAAGAUGGACUAUAGCGUCCCAAAACUUGCUGACCCAGGAAUAACAUCAUCUCAGAAGAAAGAUGUUAAACAACCAAGUGCAAUAAGAAAAUCCAGUCCAGGGCCAAUCAGAGACAAUAAAGACACUAAACAGAGAAUAACUAAAAGUGAAUCUAUCAAAAUAAAAUCAGAAAAUGUCCAAACUGUGCCAAGUAAUGAUGAUGUUACAAAGCCAACAUCGAGUAUAGGUGGUGGGUCAUUGGAUCAAGUGAAGCAGAAACAACAGGAGCACGAGCAACAACGUAGAGAGCUUCUUGGUCUGUCUAGCAGAGAUAAGGUACUCUCGGAGAAGAUGUCCCCUUGAACUUGCUUAAUUAUCCCACCGAACGAAGUUCAAGGGGGAUAUAGAGAAGCCGUCCGUCCGUUUGUCCGGGCGAUAACUCCAAUACCGGUUGACGGGUUUGGUUCAAAUUUUAUAG